UGCCACCGUGUCCAAAGGUCAUUAUAUGAAACCUCCAAUCUGGAUCGAGGCGGUAGCAACAGGAAGAAGAAGAUAGAGGAAUUCUCUAGGUCUUCUCGGGAGAAACUAGUCCAGUCGAAGAACAAAAUGUUCUCCAAAUUUACGUCCAUUCUCCAGCAUGCCGUGGAAGCGCUUGCCCCAUCGCUGCCCCUGCAGGAGGACUUUGUCUAUCACUGGAAGGCCAUUACACAUUAUUACAUUGAGACUUCUGAUGACAAAGCUCCAGUCACAGACACCAACAUUCCAUCUCACCUGGAACAGAUGCUGGACAUCCUGACCCAGGAGGAAGGGGAAAGGGAGUCUGGAGAGACAGGACCCUGCAUGGAGUAUCUCCUACACCAUAAGAUCCUGGAGACUCUCUACACCUUGGGCAAGGCUGAUUGUCCUCCGGGGAUGAAGCAGCAAGUGCUUACCUUCUACACAAAGCUGCUAGCACAUAUUCGUCAGCCUCUCCUGCCGCACAUCAAUGUCCACAGACCCGUACAGAAACUGGUUCGUCUGUGUGGGGAGGUGCUGGCUGCUCCUACAGAAAAUGAAGAGAUUCAGUUCCUUUGUAUAGUCUGUGCCAAACUGAAGCAGGACCCAUACCUCGUCAACUUCUUCCUUGAGAACAAGUUGAAGAGACCUGAGACCAAGAGUCCUGAAAGAGCAGGGGAGGUAAAGGAGGAUGUUUUGGCUCCAGACACUGGUCAGUCUCCAGCAGGGGAACAGGCUGACUGCCCAGAGGAGCCACAGGCUGCUGCUGCUGCCGCCUCCACCUCUAGUCCAACAAGCAACAACAAUAACAACAGCAAUUACAAUCUUGUCACCUCCCUGCUCAACCUCACAAAGAGCCCUGAUGGCAGAAUAGUGGUGAAGGCAUGUGAAGGCCUGAUGUUGUUGGUCAGUUUACCAGAGCCGGCUGCUGCCAAGUGUUUAACUGAAAACACCGAGCUCUGUGAGCUUCUGACUGACAGGCUGGUCUCCUUCUAUAAAGCCCUGCCACAGUCCAUGGACCCCUUGGACAUUGAGACAGUGGAGUCGGUCAACUGGGGGCUCGAUGUAUAUAACCUGAAGGAAGACGCUGCUGUCUUUACAGGGAAGAGGGCUCUCAUCUCCUUCUUGUCGUGGCUAGAUUACUGUGACCAACUAAUCAAGGAGGCUCACAAGUCAGCAGCUGUAGUGAUGGCAAAAGCAGUGAGAGAGAGAUUCUUUGUGUCUGUGAUGGAGCCACAGCUUAUGCAGACGUCUGAGGUGGGCAUCCUGACCUCCACAGCCCUGCUGAACAGGAUCAUCAGGCAGGUGACAUCAGAGGCUCUGCUGCAGGAGAUGGUUUGCUUCCUGCUGGGGGAGGAGAGAGAGCCAGAGACUCCAGCUACUAUCGCUCAGAAUCCACUCAGACACAGACUGAUUGAGCACUGCGACCACCUGUCAGAUGAGAUCAGCAUCAUGACACUGCGGCUAUUUGAGCAGCUGAUACAGAAGCCCAACCAGCACAUCCUCCACAGCUUGGUGCUGCGGAGCCUGGAGGAAAGGAACUACCUGGAGAACAAGCCGCAGGAGGAGAGGGAGCCCCUGGAGAACGGCCAGCCCCAUGAUGCCGUAGAUCUCGAGGAGGAUCCACUGUUCGGUGACGACCUCUCUCCAGAGAGCAGGUUGUCUGGUUCUGAUUGGCUCAGCUCCUCUCCACAGCAGAGUCCUGACCACGCCAAGUCUGACGGGAAGACAGAGGUCCACAAGAUUGUCAACAGUUUCCUGUGUUUGGUGCCUGAUGAGGCCAAGUCAUCGUAUCAUGUUGAAGGCACAGGGUAUGACACCUACCUCAGAGAUGCACACAGACAGUUCAGGGACUAUUGUGGGGUCUGCCAGCGGUGGGACUGGAGAGGAAAUCCAAAGCCUCUUGAGAAAUGUAACUUGGACAUUGCGUUCUUCGAGGGCCAUUUCCUCAAGGUUCUUUUCGACAGGAUGGGUCGCAUCCUUGAUCAGCCCUACGAUGUUAACCUGCAGGUGACCGCUGUGCUGUCCAAGCUGUCUUUGUUACCACACCCCCACUUGCACGAGUACUUGCUGGACCCUUAUAUCAGCCUGGCCCCUGGCUGCAGGUCUCUGUUCUCUGUCAUUGUCAGGGUGGUGGGAGAUCUCAUGUUGAGGAUUCAUCGCAUCCCAGACUUCACACCCAAACUGCUGCUCGUGAGGAAGAGAUUAUUAGGUCUAGAGCCAGAGGGCAUCAAUAUCGACCACAUGACUCUGCUGGAGGGGGUGAUCGUGCUAGAGGAGUUCUGCAAAGAGCUGGCAGCCAUCGCCUUUGUCAAAUACCAUGCAGCUGCGUCCUCCUCACCGUAAUCUUUCCUGCUGCUCAUCCAUCUGCCUCGGCCAGGCAGACAGGUCAUGAUAAAACUGGGCCUUUGGGGUGUGGUGCUACCGGUGGCACAGGGUCGGCAAAACAUUACCACUAAUUGCUCAUCCCUGCAAGACUGUUAAUGCCCAUGCCGAUGGGUUUCAUCACUCCCCCUCUUCUGGCCUCUCGGGCUCCACCAGAAAAAGUCUUUGGUCUUGUUUUUGAGCAGGUCAGAGCACAGACACUGCCCAGCCGGCAGGGGAAUAGGAGGAGGAGGAGGAGGAUAGAGGCUGAGGUGCAGAGAGAUUUUCACUGGACUUUUUUCAGCCUCUGCAUUUUCUCUCACUGCCCCACCCCCUUCCAUCUUUCCUUCUCACCAGCCAAAAAAUGAAAGCCCUGUAAUUAUUAUGUCAAGGAGAAAAGAUGUUUGUGUAUUUAUUUCCUCUCCCAUUGUCACCCAUUUGUAAACGUCAUUGCCUUAGUGUGGUGUCACACCUUUCAGUUACAGAAAAUUGUUUCCUUUUGAAACAUUUUUAUCUUAACCCUUCUCACAUGUCUGUUUGAAGACAAGAGGCUGCAGAGACCCACCCAGAGUCCACGACCCUCAGCCCUGUAGUUACAUGAAUAGUGAUCUGCAGUAUUUACGAUACUGCAAUCAUUUUAAAUGCCAAGUCCUUUUAUUUAUUUGUUUGCUUUCAGGUUGCCUUUUUAACUAAUGUCAUAUUAAGAUGGAAUGAAUUUAAAACAGUCAAAGUCAUGACUGACUAAGCGGAUGCUAUUUACUUUGUUUGUUUUCCUUGUCUUUCCUUCGUUUGUCUUUAAGUGCUUGUGCUGUCAAAGCUCAUCUGUAAUCACCGUCACCCAAAGACAUCACCAUCCAUCACAUUUUUCUCAAUGAAAUGGUGAAUUUUGCAAGUUAUGUGAAUUUGCACAUGGACCUCAUUACAUUGCACUUGUUACAUUAUUCAAGUUUAUUCAUGCUUUUAGUUUUUUUUGGUUGGCGUUCAGGAAAUGUCAGGUUGGCAUUUAUGGAAAGAAAUAUCUUGAUUUUGAUUCUGCUUAAGUUUUUGUUCCGAAAUGUCGUUCUACGGACACAGUGUUGCAUUUCUCACACACCAGUAUUCGUUUUGUCUAAGAGAUACCCAUGGGAGGGUGCAGAGGGAGAUAACCUUGAUUUUAUUUAAUUACAGCUGUGGUUUCUGGAUCAGAUUGUUGUAUUUAUUUGAAAUCAUCAAGUAAUUCACCAGAAAAAAAACAAAAAAUUAGAAGAAAGUCUUAAAAAAAAAAAAACAUUUUUGCGGCGCACACCCCCAGUUUGGAAACCAGUGACUGAGCUCUGGGUCCCUCCACAGCUUAUCAUCACGUCCUGUGAGGUGCUGCGUUUACUGGCAGUAUUACUUUUUCAUGCUGAUCUUAAAUGAUGAUGAAAUGUACUCACGGUGCUGUGUAUUGCUGGAACAGGUUGUUGGGUUGCACGUUAGCUGGAUAUCUCGGUCGGAAACUAUAAAUCUCAUCUCAUCUCACAGAUCAGAGAUUCCAGUUAGUCUAAAUUAAGAUGCUACUUCUUGUAACUUAGGUUCUCAUCUUAUGUUCCCAGUGUGAAUAUUUCCAUGAUUGGUGGGUUGGUAUGUUUGACGACGAGCUUGUUUAGGUGUGUGUGACGACUUAAUGCGGUGGAGAAUGGGCAGAGUCGUUCAUUGAAGCCCCCACCCCCCCACCCCCCUUUCUCUCUUCUGGUCCCACCUUUAACUCAUAUCACUCAAGCACCUAAGCUACAUUAUGCAACGGCUUGCAUGGAAUCAGAUUUGCACAUUGUCUUUCUUCAUCCUUGUUCAUAUUGUAAAUAUACACAACAAAAAGCUUUUGUUUGUUUGCUUUCCAAAUGUUUUGUUUCAUAAACCAAAAAAAAAAUCUAGCCUGAAC